AUUCUCACAACAAACACUUCUGAAGACCUAUUAUCUCAAGUUGCUAGUUAAAGCGCUUCAAGAUGAUUAUCCCUAUUCGAUGCUUCUCGUGUGGGAAGGUUAUCGCUGAUAUUUGGGAGCGCUACAUGAAGCUUCUCGAAGAAGAUGUGCCCGAUGGUGAGGCUAUGGACAAAGUUGGCGCAAAGAGAUACUGCUGUCGACGCAUGCUCAUGACACACGUCGACUUGAUCGAAAAACUCCUUCAGUACGAUCCUGCCGAACGAAGAAUAAGGGCGCAAUAAGUCUCCAAUUACGCUGUAGAAAUGCGGUUACUCCCUAUAACUUCAGUCACAACUCCUACGUGGCAGACGAAGCAACCUCGAGUGCAUGGGCUGAAAAGGGCCAAUUGUGCCUGCAGAUUUUCACGGGCAGCAAGGCGUUGGGAGUAAAGUGGGUUUGCAUAUGAUCAAUUAUGAUGAGGACGCAGAUGAUAGAUGUGUAUGAAUACCCAAAGAAUAUCACACUAUGGAUAAUACGAACUGAAAUGCGGUUUGACACAAUCUGGAAGCUGGGAUCUUGAAUCAGGCAAUGUCGGCAUAGGGACAAAUCACUUUUAGAUGACGACUUCCUCUGUUGGUCCAAGAGGCAGUGAUGCGCCUUUGUCUACUCAAAACAGAGCUAAAGAUUCACGAGUGGCUUCCAUAUGCUCCACCAACAUUUGACCUCUGCCAGAUUUCCAUCACG